UCAGUCGGCCGGGAGCGGCGCGCGGGGCGCUCGGGACGCGGGGCGCGGGGACCUCACGCCGCCCGCCCGCCGCCCCGCGAUCGCGAUGCCCGGGCCGCCGCGGGCCCGGCCGCAGGUCCCGCCGCCGCCGCCGCCGCCGCUGCCGCUGCUGCUGCUCGUGCUGGCGGCCUGCGGGGGCCGCGCCGCGCCCGCGCCCCGCGCCGAGGACCUCAGCUCGGGGGUGGCGUGGCUGGGCCGGUUCGGGUACCUGCGCCCCGCGGACCCGGCCGCCGGGCGGCUGCCGGCGCCGGAGGAGCUGGCCGAGGCCCUGGCCGCCAUGCAGCGCUUCGCGGGCCUGGAGGCCACGGGCGUCCUGGACGCGCCCACCCUGGCCCGGAUGCGGACCCCGCGCUGCUCCCUGCCGGACCGCCCGGGCCCCGGCCCCGCCCGGCGGAGGCGCCAGGCCCCGGCCCCGGCCACGUGGAGCAAGAGGAACCUGUCCUGGAGGGUCCGUACGUUCCCGCGGGACUCGCCGCUGGGCCGGGACACGGUGCGGGCGCUCAUGCACUACGCCCUCAAGGUCUGGGGCGACAUCACGCCCCUCAACUUCCACGAGGUGGCGGGCAGCUCGGCCGACAUCCAGAUCGACUUCUCCGCGGCCGAGCACAACGACCCCUUCCCCUUCGACGGCCCCGGGGGCACCGUGGCCCACGCCUUCCUGCCCGGGGAGCACCCGGCCGCCGGCGACGCCCACUUCGACGCCGAGGAGGCCUGGGCCUUCCGGGCCGCGGAUGCCCACGGCGUGGACCUGUUCUCGGUGGCCGUGCACGAGUUCGGCCACGCCAUCGGGCUGAGCCACGUGGCGACCACGCAGUCCGUCAUGCAGCCCUACUACCAGGGCCCGGUGGGUGACCCGCUGCACUACGGGCUCCCCUACGCGGACCGGGUGCGCGCCUGGCAGCUGUACGGCGUGCGGGAGUCCGUGUCCCCCACAGCACAGCCGGACACCAGGGAGCCCGGGGGCCCUCGCCUCCUGCCGGCACCCCCUGACCGCCGGCCCAGCGCCCCGCCCGGCAGGGACGUGCCGCACAGGUGCAGCGCCCACUUCGACGCGGUGGCGCAGAUCCGCGGCGAGGCCUUCUUCUUCAAAGGCAGGUACUUCUGGCGGCUGACCCGGGACCGGCACCUGGUGUCGCCGCAGCCGGCGCAGAUGCACCGCUUCUGGCGGGGGCUGCCCGCCCAGCUGGACGGCGUGGACGCCGUGUACGAGCGCGCCACCGACCACAAGAUCGUCUUCUUCCGAGGAGACCGAUACUGGGUGUUCAAGGACACGCACGUGGAGGAGGGAUUCCCGCGGCCGGUGUCCGACUUCGGCCUCCCGCCCGGCGGCGUGGACGCCGCCCUCUCCUGGGCCCGCGGCGACAAGACGUACUUCUUCAAGGACCAGCUGUUCUGGCGCUUCGACGAGCUCACGCGCAGCAUGGACCCCGGCCACCCGGCCCCCGGCCCGGCCUGGGGGGGCGUGCCCCGGACGCUGGACGCCGCCAUGCGCUGGUCUGACGGGGCCGCCUACUUCUUCCGCGGGGCGGACUACUGGAAGGUGCCGGACAGCGAGCCGGCCGCGGUGCCCGGCUACCCGCAGCCCACGGCGCGGGACUGGCUGGCGUGCAGGGACCCGCAGGCCGGCCCCGGGGGCGCGGGCACGGAGGGCGAGGCGGGGGCCCACGCCCCGGCCGGCCGGCAUGACCGCAGCCGCGCGGAGGACGGCUUCCAGGUGUGCGCCUGCAGCUCCGGGGCCGCCCGCCCGCCCCUGCCCGCCCGCCCGCUGCUGGCCGCCGCGCUGCUGCCCCCGCUGGGCCUCCUGCGGCGUGGCGCCCGCGCCCCCGCGCUCUGAGCGCCCGGCGAGGGCGGGGGCACGGCCCUGGGGGCGGAGGGCACGGCCCCGGGGGCGGAGGUCAGGGCCCCGGGGGCGGAGGGCACGGCCCCUGGGGCGGAGGGCACGGCCCUGGGGACAGAGGUCACAGCCCCCGGGGCGGAGGGCACGGCCCUGGGGGCGGAGGUCACGGCCCCCGGGGCGGAGGGCACGGCCCCGGGGGCGGAGGUCACGGCCCUGGGGACAGAGGUCACGGCCCCCGGGGCGGAGGUCACGGCCCCGAGGGCGGGGGCACGGCCCCGGGGGCGGAGGGCACGGCCACGGGGACGGAGGUCACAGCCCCGGGGGCGGAGGGCACGGCCCUGGGGACAGAGGUCACAGCCCCGGGGGCGGAGGGCACGGCCCUGGGGACAGAGGUCACAGCCCCGGGGGCGGAGGGCCCUGGGGGCGGAGGUCAGGGCCCCGAGGGCGGAGGUCAGGGCCCCGAGGGCGGAGGUCAUGGCCCCGGGGGCAGAGGGCACGGCCCCCGGGGCGGAGGGCACGGCCCUGGGGGCGGAGGUCAUGGCCCUGGGGGCGGAGGGCACGGCCCUGGGGGCGGAGGUCAGGGCCCCGGGGGCGGAGGGCACGGCCCCCGGGGCGGAGGGCACGGCCCCUGGACCAGGGCCACGGGGGCUGGAGGGGGCCCAGCCUCCAGCACCGGGAGCCGGAGGCCCUGGACCCGCCCGGCAGCCCGAGCAGAGCCCCAGGUCAGCCUCCCGGAUGGAGGGACGCCCCCUGGCCGUCUGCACAGACUCGUGGACACAGGAGCGCCGGCCCCACUCCUGCUGGGAGGGUCUGUCCAGGAGACGCCGUCCCUGCUGGCCGGCGGGGACUGGGCAGCGGAGACCGGGCCUCACCCCGAGCCCAGCAGCUUCACCCCCUCGCCUCCCCACAGCCCCCUCAUCCCCGGUGCUUCCGUCCACCUGCCCCCCAACACUCCGAAGAGCCCCCCGAGCCAGGGCCCCCGGACAUGGCGCCACCCACAGAGGAGCGUGGCCCGGCUGCUUCCUGGCGGCUCAGGCUCGGGCCCUGAUGCCUUUGGCGGGGGCCUGGGGGCUUCUGCUCGGGGUCGCACCUCCCCUCGGGGCCCCCAGCACUUCCUCCCGGACGGCGUGGAGGCCGGGGAGGGAGCCUCUGCCGCAGCGGACGGAGGACGUGGCUGUGCAUGUGGGACGUGCAGGACGGGAGGCCUCCUGGGCGUGGGGAGGCCCCGGGCGUGGCUGCCAGCCCGCCGGCCGCCCACAUGGCAGGGGCCGUUCGCCAGGGUUCGAGAGCUGGGCCGGGAGGCGCCGCCUCAGCCCUGGAGGGCAUGGGGGCUCUGCUCGGAAGAGGCCGUCACCAAGGAGCCAGGGGCUGGAUCUGGGGGCACCGUCUGGGCUGGGUCAGUGUGAAGCCGGCUGUUUUGGGGUCCGGGGAGGCCGCCUGAGCAGGAAUAGGGAGGAGGGGGUCCCACAGGAGGGGGAGGGGCCAGACAGGAACUGCCGUCCCGGUGGGUGUGGCUGCCUCCCCCCUGAGCCCUGCCAAAACCCUCAGGGCUGCAGGUGCUGAAGGGCCUUGAGGUCACCCUGGUCCCCGGAAGUUAGCAACGAAUUUCACCCCGGCUGCCGAGGGAGGGGCACGAAGGGUCCUGCUUUAUUAAAAUUUUAUUUAAUAUGUU